AUGGACAUGAAUAUGGAAGAGCACAUGGAAAAAUCCUCUGAAGAGGUGGGAUCUGAAGACAGUGACACAUUAACCCGGAUCUUCCCCAUUUCAGAGCUCGAAGCCCACACAGACUCAGUUUGCUCUGUCCAUUUUCAUCCCACAAAUCCAGAAGUUUUUGUUACAGGCGGAGUGGAUGAUAAAGCCUUCUUUUUUCAUAAUGAUGACUAUACAGAAUUGGCCUUCCACACAGACACAAUAGUCCAAGCGAGGUUUUCCAAUGAUGGGGAAUAUCUUGCACUUGCAAGCAUGGAUUCUAAAGUCUCUAUAUGGCAGAUCUCAAGCCUAGAUGAACCUAUAGCUACCCUUGAAGGCCCAUCAGACGAAAUCCUAAACAUUGAGUGGCAUCCUAAAGGGCCUGUUAUUGCUGUAAGCAGUGGGGACCAGUCUAUAUGGGUCUGGCAUAUAAGGAAAAACACACCUUUAGCUGUUUUAUAUGGACAUCCUAUCAACAUGUGCAGGAUUUCACCCAAUGGGAGGUAUCUUUAUUCAGGCGGAAAAGACGGGUCUGUAAAGGUGUGGGACAUGAAAGAAGAAAAUUACUCUGAAAGGCCUAGUGAGUGCACAUUUUCAGGCAGGGAUUUUCACCAAGAAGAAAUAGUGUCAAUAGUAAUGUACCAAGACAAUAAUGUUAUAUUAUCAGGAGGUAGAGAUGGCUGUGUCUGUCUGGCAAAUAGAGCAGGAAACAGAAUUUUGACAAAAAUACAGGCAUUUGAAGACUCUGUAGAGGCAGUGGAUUUUUGUAAAGAAAUGAGCCUGUUUUUGGCUGGGGGUAUGACUGGGGAGAUCAAGAUUUAUGAGCUAGAAAGUCUUCAGUGUAGAGUUACAAUCAGCAUGGGAAGCGGAAUAGUCAAGGCAAUCUGGGUAGGCAUUGAAGUUGUAGCAUCGACUGUGGAAGGGAAAUUGAAAUGCUAUGACGGAAGAAAUGGAAAUGGGCUGAGAAAAUGGAUCGGACAUGAAGAGACAAUCUUGGAUUUCGAUAUAAAGCAUGACAAAAUUAUCAGUGGGAGCGAUGACCAGAGGAUUUUGAUACACCCUUAUAGGUUUGUUCCUCAGCAAAUUUCUUAA